CCCGAUGCCGAAGGUCUUCGUGGCCAGUCCAUCGCCAGUCAAAUGCCCAACGAGGAUGGAGCAGCAGGUCUCCCACGAUCAAUGGAGCCUGCUGCAACUGUGGUGGACCAGCCAUCCAAUAAAGCGGCUGACUUGAUCCUUCAAAGAAGACAAGCACCUGAAAUUUCGCUUGCUAAGUCUGACCAGGGACUGUUAGCUCAGCUCUCAAGCAACCCAUUUUUUACAGCCGGCUUUGGUUUAGCAGGCCUUGGAGCAGGUCUCACCCUCGCCCAGAGAGGAAUUCGCUAUGGAGCCGCCCUUCUCCGCAGACGAAUGCUUGUGGACGUCGAGAUCAGUAUAAAGGAUGAUUCUUACCCUUGGUUUCUACACUGGAUGACCCUGUAUCAGCGCUCGCAGCUUGCCAACGUGAGUCAGAAGGCUGGGUUCUUCGAAUCGUUCCUUCGAAAGAUUACGCCAGGCAUGCGCCACCUGUCCAUCCAGACUGAGAAGGUCGAACUGGCGAACGGAGCUCUCCAAACUCAUUUCUCGCUGAUACCGGGUCCGGGAAGACACGUGCUGCGAUACAAGAACGCUUUCAUAUUUGUGAAUCGGGUUCGGGAAGCCAAAUCAAGGGACCUACAGACUGGCCGCCCUUGGGAGACGGUCACUCUAACGACUCUAUAUUCGCAAAGGCACAUAUUUGAGGAUUUGUUCAGGGAAGCUCAUGAGUACGCCGCCAAGUCGCAUGAGGGGAAAACGGUCAUUUACAACUCCUGGGGGACGGAAUGGCGGCCGUUUGGACAACCUCGCCGUAAACGCCCUCUGGACUCCGUAAUUUUAGAGGCUGGUGUCAAGGAACGAAUAGUGGCGGAUGUAAAGGACUUCAUCGGCAGUGCCUCUUGGUAUCACGAUCGGGGCAUUCCCUAUCGACGUGGGUACCUCCUCCACGGCCCACCCGGCACGGGAAAGAGCUCUUUCAUCCAGGCUCUAGCUGGCGAGCUGGAUUACGACAUCGCCAUACUCAACCUCAGCGAGCGGGGUUUAACGGACGAUCGGCUCAACCAUCUCCUUUCUAUCAUCCCGUCCCGGACGUUGGUCCUAUUGGAAGAUGUGGAUGCUGCAUUUUCUACCCGGCGCGUACAAGCCGAUGCAGAUGGAUAUCGAGGGGCCAAUGUGACUUUCUCCGGGUUGCUGAACGCCCUGGACGGGGUGGCCAGUGCUGAAGAACGGAUCAUCUUCCUGACGACGAAUCAUGUUGAGAGGCUUGAUGAAGCUUUGGUUCGCCCUGGUCGCGUGGACAUGACGGUUAGGCUUGGCGAAGCCACCAGGUACCAAGCCGCCCAGCUAUGGGAUAGGUUCUAUGGUGAAUUUGAACACUCCGAGGCAUACAAGCAGCAGUUCCUCGAGAAGCUCGAGAAGGUUGGAAUCCUCGAGGAUGAAAACGGAAGAAGACCCGAUCUCUCCAGGGCGACGAGUACUGCCGCCCUGCAGGGUCUGUUUUUGUACAACAAAGGCGAUAUGGCGGGCGCGAUCGCCAUGGCUGAGGAACUCGUAGGCGACGAAGCCGCUGACCAGGUUUCUGUGACAGGGUCAGUGCACAGCUGAAGAAUUGAGAAGAGUGUAGGGGGUGUCGAGGCUGGGGUGACUGACAACCCCACAAUGCUCCCUGUAUAGUACAUAAUACCUCAUAGUAGUUAAUCAUUCUCCAAUUCCAUGUACUUUGUAAGCA